AUGAGUGGUGAUUUGAACCCUGUUUCAUGUCAAAUGCUUGCUGAUGAAUUUAUCAAUAGUUUCAAGGCAUUAUCAACAAAUCCAUCAUCGGAAAAUCGAGAUGGUGUGGUCGAACAAUUACACUUGCAGUUAAAACGUGCAAUUCCACAUGGUUUACAAGCUAAUAAAACAUUUGCUUUUGCAAUUAUCGAUAACUUGUAUCGAGUUAUACCUAUUUUCGGUGCGAUAUUAUCGAACAAUGACGAGCAAAAUAACGAAUUAAUUCAAACCAAGAAGUUUUUGGAAACUUUGGCAAACGCCUUUUAUGAAGUAUGCUUAAUGGAAGUAUUAGUUUUACUCAAAGACCCAUCUCAAUAUGAAGUCAUCUUCCGAAAUUAUAUUGUUUUGUUGAAAGAAUCGUACUUUUUGUCUGAUGGUCGAUACGACGGUUUGAUCAAUUGUAUCUUACCUAUUGUGACUUACUCAAGCAUUUGGACUCCGGUAGCCAUAGAUGAUGUUCCAAAAAGUAUGCUUGCAUAUCUACUUACAUUUACGAAAAAAUAUUGGCAUUGUCAAGAACGGCAGCGUGUUAUUCACACCAUUCUUGGUGUACUGAAAGUUUUCUCGAAGAAGCCCACAUUAGUUUCAUUGAUUAUCGAAAGUCGAUGGCCACAUUCUUGUAUUCAAUGGUUAACGGAUAUGAGUACAAACGAAGAAAUGCGACCGAGCUAUAACGUUUGUCAAUAUAUUCAUUUGGUUCUUCAAAAAUUAGCUCGACAUCCUGCCGGUGUGGAGAUUCUCAAUCAAUUAAAUUGUCGUCAAAUUCUUUGUGAUACUGACAGUCAACUUCGCAAGCGCUACAGUGAAGUACAAUAUAAUUGUUUUCAUUUUCUGCGCUGCAUGAUCUAUGCGCUACUAAUGGAAGCCGAUGAAAUCAAACAAAUGUCCAUGUGUGCUGAUGGUCAAAUGUGUCAAACACUUCAUGAACUUGUCUCGCAUACCAUCGAAGCUGCACGUCGUGAAAAUCUAUCCUAUCGAUGUUUUCACAUAUCAGAAAUGUUAAUUGUACUUUGCAAACUGUUUGUCAAUGAUGAUAUAUUGACGAAGUGUGUGAACGAAAAUGAGCAGCUAUUUCAAUGUUUAUCGCAAUUGAUCGUUCACUUUGCAACGAUUGUUGGUGACGUUAAUCGAAAUCGUCAACCAGUAGAAGACGAAUCUUUGCUUGCAUUAACAAAUUUACUGUGGAGUAUAUCGUUCCAUGAAUGUUAUCAUGAAAAAUUCCAAUCCAAUUCUACGCUUAUGCAUACAAUAUCAAAUUUGGCAACAUCAUCAGCAUUGUAUGUUGGUUCGAGAUCGAAAUCGACUCCACGUGAUCUGUGUUCAUUGAAAAAAGCUGCGGAAGGAAUUAUAUGGAACCUUAAAUCAUCUGUACGUCCAAUCUCGAAUGUACCAAGUCAGACAACAAGUCAACGACCACUUGCAAUGAUCAGUUAUUCACACAGUGACUCAGAAUUUUGUCACGAACUUGUUGAGCGUUUAUCGGCACAUGUACCGGUUUGGGUGGACUAUAAACAAGCACAAGAUACGAUCGCACAUUCCGACGAUCUCUGGGAAGAGAUUGCACGAGCGAUGGAACUGGCAACGAUCAUUGUUUUGAUUGUCUCAAAAGAAUAUUACGAUUCAAAAUCAUGUCGACAAGAACUUUCAUAUGCAAGCGACACAUUAAAAAAGCGUAUCGUGCCUGUCUAUGCACCUAACCAACAGUAUCGUGCUAGUGGUUGGCUUGGUAUUCGAAUUGCUGGUCAGAAAUAUAUUCAUUUUGGACGAAAAUUAUUUUCCGAUGCAAUCAAAGAACUAGCAUCAAUGUUUGACACCGAUCAAAAACCGCUGGCCGUUGCUUCGACUCCGCUUGUUCCACUUACAGCACCUGACACUAUCCAAGAGAAGAAAACUGAAGUGGAAGGUAGCAAACUAUUCGGAUUAAAAGAUUGGACUACGAAAGACAUUCGACAAUGGUUUGAUGAUAAUCAUAUUCAUGAAGAUUUAACCAAAAUUUAUGCGGAUCAAUUUCAAACGGGCACAUCUUUGAUCGUUUAUGCACGUCACGUGAAAUUAUUCUAUCGAAAUGAAUACAUUCGAGCGUAUACAAAAUAUCAUAAAAUAUUCCAUGGAAAAAAACUUGAUACAAUGCACUUUAUAACCUUCGUGGAUGCACUCUACCGACUACGUCAAGAGUAUGAUCCAAAUGGUGUAGUAGAAGACACAUAUGAAAAAUACAGUGAAACACAAUUAGUUCGUAAACUAAAAGUUCCAGAUGGCGGAUCAACAUGGUUGUAA